CUGGGUGUCCCUGUCGGGAUUUGUCUAGCGCCGCGAUCCCGCACAGGGGUGUGUUGGGGGGAGCCCUCCUUCUGACUGUCGAAAUGGUUAUCAAAGUGUUUGUGGCCACGUCGUCCGGCUCCAUAGCGAUUAGGAAGAAGCAGCAGGAAGUGGUGGGAUUUUUGGAAGCUAAUAAAAUUGACUUCAAGGAGUUAGACAUAGCUGGAGAUGAAGACAACCGGAAGUGGAUGAGGGAGAAUGUUCCUGGAGAGAAAAAACCUCAGAAUGGGAUCCCCUUGCCUCCCCAGAUCUUCAACGAGGAGCAGUACUGUGGGGAUUUUGACUCUUUCUUCUCUGCAAAAGAAGAGAAUAUUAUUUAUUCCUUCCUUGGUUUGGCACCGCCUCCAGGCUCAAAGGUGACAAAGUCGCCCGAGGAAGCGUCUUCUCUCCCCAACGGCGACGUGGCUGGAGAGUCAGAGAGUGCUGCCCAGGGCACAGAGAAGACUGAAGCAAGUGGAGAAAAUGAGGGGCAGAAAGAGGAGGGUGAAGAUGCGGGCAACCUCCCCGAGUCCCAGGAGAAGCCCGAGGAGGAGGCCAAGGAGGGGGAGGCCGAGGCCCAGGCAGCUGAAGGAGAAGAGGAGCCAGGAGAAGGGGAGGAUUCUUAGGCCUGUUCCUGCUGAAGCCUCCAAUUUGCCAGAUGACCCAUCCAUGAAGCAGCAUUUGAAAUAUCUCCCCACACACUCAAC